CGUCCAAAAGUGUUGGGAUGCUUACUGACUCAGCUGGUGUGAACACAGCUACAACUGUGACUAGUUUAUAAUCCUCGCUUGCGCACGAUUUCUGUUACGCCUUCAUCAUGCCUCUUCCACCGCCCCUCAACUUUCCCGCAUGGCUGCAGAACAACUCGCAUCUCUUGCAGCCUCCCGUCAACAAUUUCUGUCUGUAUAAAGGGGGCGACUAUAUCGUCAUGGCUGUAGGUGGACCGAACGAAAGGAAGGACUAUCAUGUGAAUGAAACAGAGGAGUGGUUUUAUCAGUACAAAGGGGGCAUGCUUCUGCGUGUUGUUGAUGAUGGCGUAUUCAAAGAUAUUAGAAUCGAGGAGGGAGAGAUGUUCCUGCUGCCUGGUAACACUCCUCACAAUCCGGUAAGAUUCGCGGACACUAUAGGUAUUGUCAUUGAAAGAGUCAGACCCGAAGCAGCCAUUGACCGCCUCCGGUGGUACUGUCGUGAAUCUGUGCACACUGAGCCGACCAUCAUACACGAAGACAGUUUCCACGUCACAGAUCUGGGAACUCAACUCAAGCCCCUCAUCCAACGCUGGAUGAGCGAUGAAGAAGUGAGGAAGUGCAAGAGUUGUGGGGUGGUUUCAAGUCCUAAAUGAUCACGAUAACUGGCGUGACAGAAACUGAGUUAAUUAUCGGUAUGAGGUGUAUUUGUAUGAGCUAUUCUUGCUUGCCUGCCUCCUGAUAUUGAUUGGAUUUACUCAAAGAAGAUAACAUCUUACACAGAUUGCGAGAGUAAAUUCAAAGUUGAUAAAGAUA